AUGGCAGGCAUGAAAACAUUAAUCAUUAUUUUCGUUAUCAUGUUCCCAGUCGCGAUGAUAACAGAGGAAGAUGUAAAUCAUGGAGGUAACAACUAACAACUACGACAUCACUAACAAAUUUAAUUGCCCACCUGCGGAUUGUCGCCAUUUUAUUUCAGCACCCUUUCAAAUGUCCUGUCUCUGCUUCAUGUACAGAAAGCCACUUAAAAUUUUCAUUCUUACAGUUUCCCUAAAACAUAAUUCCGAGGAUUUAUUCACCAUAAUUUUUACAUCGUCCAUAAAAUUUGCAUGAGAAUUGUUUUCAAUUUUUCCUUGGAGUAAGCAGUCAUCAUAAGAGAAAUUGAAGACAAUUUACGGAUGCAAAAUUUUGGGGGUAAACAAGAUGUUUUACGGGCGAUGUAAAAAUUGUGAAUAUGUUAACAACGUCUGAUAAAAUAAAUAACUUCUAUUAAAACAAAUAUAAUAGUAUUAUAUUUGUUUUAUUAUUAUUUUUUAAUUUUACACUUCAAAAAUGCGCGAUCAACAUUUGGCAAGAUUUCUUUCGUUCAGUGUCCGUUCAUGAAUUGCUUUGCGCGAUUGUUUUCUUCUCUAAUGGAUUUGAAAUAAAUUUGCUAUGCAGUCAGCUCUCCCUUAACAAACACCUCUUUAGACGGACAACCCUCUGGUGUUGGCCCCUGUCAUUGUCCAGUCAUUUGACUGUAACUAUGCUCUCUAUAAGACGGAAACCUCUCAAAGGCGGACAACCGACACUUUCGAAACCAUCAACGGACAAUUGAGAAGUGCUUUAGGUAGCGAAAAAUGCCGCAAAACGGAAAUGUAGGUGCACUACAUGACAGUACAAAUUGCAAUUAGGGUAAGCAAAUUACAUACCCAAAUAUAAUACGCGUCUUUUUACAGCGCGUAUCUUUUAAACGGCAAAUGAAGAUAACCUCUUAACCUGUAAAACAGCUAUGUUCUCGGUCUUCUAGCUGAACUGUUUGAGCCUUAUGGGAACUUCAGAUAGUGACAUCAAAAACAAACCAUUGUAACCUAUGUACAAUAGAACAAUAGAAGCCCGGUAACUCGAAUUCUGAAGGGAAACGAAACACAGUUCGAGCUAGCGAGGGUUCGAGUUAUCGGGGUCGAUUGAAAAAAUUAUGUUGCCAUGUUACGAUUACAUUUUUAAUCAAGGGAAAGGAAAUUUAGUUCGAGUUAGCAGGAAAUUCCAGUUAUCCGAGUUCGAGUUAACCGUGUAAAGAUGAUUGGAAAGUGGGUUGAAACUCAAGGGAAACUGGACUUAGUUUAGCGUUACUGUUGCUGUUCAGUAGACGCCGUGAACGUUGACAUGUGUAUGAACCACGUGUGAUUGUACAAUGAGAAAAUGAUUUCACCUUUCAGUCCCUUUAAUAGACGGAGAGUCGGGACGGGACCAGAAGGUAUCUUCCUUAGAAAAAAUUGACUGUAUUAUUAUUAUUAGUAUUAUUUUAUUCUUAUUAUUAUUAUCGUCAUUGUCAUUAUCAUUAUCAUUAUCGUUAUCGUUAUUAUUAUUAAAUUAGUAGUAGUAGUAGUAGUAGUAUUUUAUCGUCAUUUUCUAUUAUUUUAUUAGUUAUUACUAUUAGAUAAUAAUUUAUUACAAUUAUAAUAAUUGUUAUAUUUAUUAUUGUUUUGCAAAGUUGAUAAGAUGUCGUUAUCAUACAGAUUGAAAUUUUUUGUUCAUAUGUGUUGCUGCUUUCCAGUUUGUCCCGUUCCGAUGAAUAAAGAAGAAGAGGAGUUUAUUAAAGAGCGGGAAAGGAACAGAGAACUAAUGGAAGAAAUCGCCAGAGAAAUUGAAAUGACGUGCCUAGGUAAGUUAAAAAAAUACAAAAUAAAUGAGCUUAUUUAAAAACCUUGGAUGAGCAAGUCCUUCCUCGCGAAUUGCAGGCCCUUUUGAAUAGUUUAACCCUCUGGGACAGUUGGGAGUGUUCUAUAUGGAACAGUGCAGAUUUUACAUUUCUAAAGCCACUUACCCUUAACCCAUUUAGUCUUUAUGCCGCAAAUACACUAUCUAGCCAUUUUGAUUCCUGAAAGAAAUAACCCACCCUGCCGAGGAAAGGUUGGCCACGUCCAAUACUCUGUCCAGUGUUGGUCCGGCCGGGCUUUGAACCCGCAACUUCUCACUCAGCAGACUGGCGCUCUGGCUGACUGCGCUUAUCAGACGGCGGAAGUUAAAAAGAGUUGAGACACUGCUACCUUAUUAUCGAAAUCCUGACUAAUCUUGUGAGGGUUCUGAGAGUUAUAGACAAACAUUUUGGGCAAAAAUCCACCGCCAAUUUCGCUAUUCGCCACUUCUCUAAAUAAAAGAUAAAUCGCCACAAUUCCGAAAGGCUAUAAGUUGGACUAGAUAUGUAUAGAAUAAAAGAGCAAACAAGAAAACUCCCAAAAACGUUUAUGCUAGGUUUUUUUUCUAAAAACGCACAAAAUUUUCCGACUUGGAAUUUAAUGGUAUCAUUUUAGCUAAACUAUUUCAGGUCCAUUAGCCAUUUUGUAAGAAGUGGGUAAAAAUACAAUAUUUGUAGCAACCCCUUAUGGGAAAUUGUUUCGUUGUUAUUAAACGAAAACUUAGGGUGUGCUAAAUUGUGAUCAGUCUGUUACCAAACAUGAGACUUAAGGAAGGAACGUUAUUGGAAAAAUUGGGGGCUUAUAUUAAAUGGUUGUGGAUGACGAGAAAUUUUUCCCUUAAAUAAUGAACUAUAAUUAUGCAAAUUCGAAGCCUUUCUCUCAAGUUAAUAAACCCUUUCAAUUCGAUCAAACUUUUUCAAUUCAUGGCGACAAUUGAAAUUUAAGGUGCCGUUUGAUUCCAUGGGAAAUCCGGAUUUGAGUCUAAAGUCUGGAUUUUAGAUUUGGCAAUCAAACGCGAAAUACAAAACGGAUUUCACCCUCACCCCCCGAGAAAUCUUUCACCAAAUCAUGACUUUAUGGGUGUCCUUUAUACCGUUGUAGUUGGAAAAGCGUGGACAAUGUUUUUUUUUUUUUUCUACUUGUUAUGCGUGCGCGUGCGAGACAACUGUUCUCUCAAAAACAGUUCAUAUCUUUUCUCGAAUCCUCGAUCUCCGCCCCCCCCCCCGCUCCCCUGCCUGAAAAAAAAAAUAUAAAUUCAAAAUUCAAAAAAAAAAUUCAAAAAGAGAAAGAAAGGAAAACCAAGGACAGGCUUAUCUGCGUUGAAAUCCGUUUUCAGAUUUCGCGUCGUUCCAUCCGAAUUUCAAAAAUCCAAGUCCGAAUUUCCCAAUCAAAUACGCCGGCCCUAAUCUGUCUUAGAAGUUAGUGGUGAGUUGCCAUGGCAACGGUUGCUUCUGAGUCUUUAUGCUCUUACCCAUUUUUUAUGUUAAAUUUUUCUUAGCCCAUUCCCCCAUAAAACCCCCAAUUUUGUAGUUGAUGUUCACGUUUCAUGUCUGAACACAGACUGAUUACAAUUUAGCACACCCUUAGCUUUAAUUUUAAGGGUGUUACCUAGUUACAUUUUUUGGGUUCUUGGCUCAUGAACUAUUUCGGGUGCUCGCAAACAGGAGAAAAGAUUUUUUUUAUCUCUCGCUAAACGUGAAUAGAAGGAAAACUUGGCUAUGAAAGUGAAACUUGUCGACUACUAACAGCGGAGCUCAGACUAAACGUCCAGGGCAUAAACGAAUAAGAAGCAAUACCGCUCGUGGCACGAAAAAUUAUCCCGCGCUGACUGACUUGUUUGGAGUAUUGAUAUCAACGUUUCCUCAAUAAAUUUUAAUCAAGAGAUCAUGAUAUCAGUCGUUUGUACCAACAGGAGAAAACGUUUAAGUCAAGGAAAUUCUUAUAACUAACUUUUACUCGCUGAUUUGUAGACGAGUGUAAAGCAGGACUACAUAACUGCCACGAUAAUGCAUACUGCACCAACACCAAGCGUUCCUUCACGUGUACUUGCAAAACAGGAUAUACUGGGGAUGGUGUCAACUGUGCAGGUAACAUAAUAUGGAGCUGAAACGAACAGGAUUUUGUCUUAAGUCAUAUGCUAUUCCAUGCCAAAAAUAAUACAGCCAAAUUGAAAGGUACAAACCUGUUUUCAUAUUCAGUCAGUGUUAUGUCACAGAUUGUAUCUACGAAAAGAGUUUUGGCCUUGGUACGUGUAAAGUUGUGGCCUCCAAUUUUCCCACAGAAAUCAAAAGCAACGGAAAUAAUUUUAACCGCCAAAAAAGUAUAUUUAACCCUAUUCAGACUGGGGGGGGGGGCUUUUCGAACCCCCCCCCCUCCGGCAAAAUCGUGAUAACUCCUACACCGAAAGAGCUAUGGCGAUCAAAUUUUCUGACUUUGCCUAAAAUUUAUCUAGGAACAUUUUGGUAUAAUUACCAUGUCCAUGUGAUUAAUCGUGUUGCCAUGGCAACCAGUUUCUGACACAUAGGUUUUGGAAAAUUUAAAAAAUGAUGAUUUUUUUGUUUUAAGAUCGCGUUUUUACACUUAUAGUGCUUUUUGUUGUUAAAAUAGUCUUUGCUUGGGACUAGCUUUUGAAUUACAUCAAAAUGUUUCAACAUCGAAUAUUUGGGGGGGAGGGGUGGGGUAAAAUUUGUCACUUUUUUUGCUUUGACAAAUAUGCUGCUCUAUUUUCCAAAUAACACUUCCAAAGUCAUUUGUUUGGGUAAUAAACAUUAGUUUGAUACUUCUUUUAUACAUUCUGAGCUUUUUCCCCUUUGAAAGUUGCUUUAAAUUAUAAUUUUAACAAAAAAACGGAAAUCCAAGAUGGCGGAUCCAAGAUGGCGGAUCCAAGAUGGCGGACAACCAUUUCAAAUUUUAAAUUUUAUUGCUUCCUAUUGCUUUUUCUCGCUGUACAAGCGUUUCCUUGUUACUAGUUCAUAAGAAAGGAUAACAAAGAGAUGACUUUACCAAUGUUAUUGAUAUUUUACGUAUCUAAGUGGAAAAAUAAGAAACAUUGAAAAAUCGGAAUAUGACGUCACUGUGACGUCAUCAUUGGGCGUGGCAAGUCAAAACUGGGUGUGGGGCUUCUUUGUACGGAGAUGAUCAUUGUGUGUAAAUUUCAUGACCCUAGCAUUAUUGGUUCCAGAGAUACAGAGGGGGGGUCCGAGGAGCCCCCCCCCAGUCACAGAUUGACCAAAAAAGCCCAGUCUGAAUAGGGUUAAAGCCAACGCUGCAAUGUACGUAUGUUAAUACAGCAAAAAGGCAACAUUUGUAUUCCUGCUUUCACAAAAGUAAUAAUAAUAACUGCUACAACUUAACUGGUCGAGCUCGAACUGUAUCCCCAAUAAAGCACACAGGCUUAGUGCCAGUUAGGCUGGGGAAACAAAAAGUGUGACCAACAUAUGUCUGGGACAGGAAACACCAAGUUCAAAGGCUUAGAGACAGAAAAACUUGGGAUCAUCUUUGAUAUAACGAGAUCAUCUUCACUAAUAUACUUAACAAAACACGAAGGCCAAUAGCCAGCUAGGCUGUUAGAAACGGUUAGGGCGCAGCAUUUAAGGUAAACAGGUGUUUAUUACGAUUUUGACUGGGGGUCUGUAGCAUUGCCAAUUCAGGACUGCGUCAAUCAUUGACUUUGUCGCCACUUAAGGUGGCCCGAACCUAUUUAUAUGCGGGUUGGUUAGGUUUUGAAAUCGCGUUUUUCGGCAGCAAAAAUUUAACCGAUUUGAUGUUUUUGGCAUCCUUAAUAAAGAAUGGUCGAACUUUAAGAAACUGUUAUUUAUUUUCUUGUAGGUAUAAAAACCUUUGAGAUAUCGGCAUGCGUUUAUAUUAAAAACCGCAUUUUUUUUAACUUCAGCAAAUAAGCCUCAGGAGAUCCCUAGUUUUAUAUCUGCAAUUUUGAAGUCUAUCGUGACCGUAGAACUCGCUGCACAAAUACCUGGUCAAAUUUAAUCUUACAAUGCAACGCUAACACAUUUGUGAAAGUUGAUGCACAAAUAGAGGAAAGCUGCCGACGGACCAUCUCCUAUCUGCAAUGACACUGCUGCAAGAAACUGAGUAAUCAGAAACCUACGGCGAAUACAGUUUUAAACAUAUGCCGAUAUCUCAAAGGUUUUUAUACCUAGAAGAAAAUAAAUAACAGUUUCUGAAAGUUCGACCAUUCUUUAUUUUCAAAAGAUGCCAAAAAUCAUAGAAAUGGGUUAAAUCUUUCCUGCCAAAAAACGCGAUUCAAAACAUAACCAAGACUCAUAUAAAUAGGUUCGGGCCACCUUAAGAGCGGUCCCGGGACAGCUGUUCUAAGCAUACAUUGGCAAUAAAUACAUAAGACAUUGGGAACGGGUGAAAAACGGCGCUAACCGUACAAAAAAAAAUUAUAAAAUUUAAAAACCUGACAGAACUGAGCUGUCAACAGAAAUAAAUGCGGUCAGACAGAGGCCAGAAAAGAAAGCCUGCCUAAAAGUCCACGAAGGGAAAUAGUGCGGGCGGGAAAUCUGGAAAAGAACCAAGCCUCAAGCUCAAAGACGUUUCUACGGGACUUUACAAGUUAGUCGAAAUAGGCCGCUCCUAAAAUAAGAAAACCAAAGAAAGGUUGUUUCAGAAACCGAGAUGACGUACACGCGAUAUUUAUACUUAGCCUUUUAUACUCCCGGUAUGGAAAAGACAAGACAAGACAAGAACUUUAUUUAUACCACACAGAAAAAAAAGACAUUAGCAAAAGACAAUACUACUUAUGUAAGGUACAAGAGUCCUUUAGCUAAAAAGCUAAUCUAGCUAGGAGGUAUUAUAGAUUAAUUAAGAAUAUUUAAGAGGUUCUUUCAUGGGGGCACAAGUAGAAAACAAUGUAGAAAAAAACAAACAAACAAACAAACAAUUAAACAAAGAAAAGAAAAGAAAAAAACUCAUAUUUGCAGAAUUGAAUCACUGAAAAAUUGAGGAACUGGAGAAAAUAUUGGAAAAGAAAGAACUUAAUGUGAACUAGCUGUAGCCCCUAGCCUAACAUCCAGGUUCUGUGGUAUUUCGUGCUGUCGAAAUCAGGUUAUUUCUUAUUCUUAGCGGGAUCAUUCGUCAUAAAUAACAUAACUUGCCACAUUUAAAACUUUGAGUAAUCAUUUGGAACUGAUUUUUAUCUGUCAUUUUACCGUUGUUAUAACCAUCAAAAGCGCUGCUCGCAGUUACUAUUUAUAAACCCGAAACUCAGACAAACAAACUGAAAUUAACAUCACCGAAUUCCUCACUGUCAUUAAAAUGUCAUCUUUGCCUUUCUUUUGUCAUAAAAAAAAUUAGUGAGAAAAAUGACAAAACUCAGACAAAAACUGCAAAUUAGUCACUCUGAAGUCAUUCGCGCGCUAUGCUAUUGAACUAGUGUUCCUUGUAAUUGCUUUAUUUUAGAAACUGAUUUAUUCAUUCGUGGACUACCAGUCUCGAAAGCAUUGUAUUACUAUUUUUCAUUCAAUAGAUAUAAAACUGAAAUAGAACUGAUUCAGUUUGAUAAUGCAGCACUAAAUCUUGAUUUCCAGACUUAGACGAGUGUCACACAGGACAACACACUUGUGACGUCAGUAGUUCAUUGUGCUAUAACACUAUAGGAUCCUUCGGGUGUGUUUGCGGAAAAGGUUAUUCUGGAAAUGGAGAAGAUAAAUGUACAGGUAACACUUUCUAAUUCCUUGAUUGAAACACUCAGAUGUUUCGUAGCCACGUCUCUUUCACAUCAAUUUCCUCUGUUCGAAAGUGGUUUUUCACUAAAUUCGCCUUAAUUUAAGUCUCGUUAAUUUCCAUAAUACCUUUUACUAGUACUGAUCGCACAGCAUUAAGUUCCUUUAAUAAGUCAGGUAUAUUGUAAUUCUACUGGCCAUUUUCGAGUUGACUCGAGCUUCUGUCUUAAAACGACACGAAGUGUGACGCCUUUUGAUAUGAAACUUAAUUUCAAAGGAGAAAGGUUUGAGGAUUGACCUCGUUUUGAAAUGAAAAGUGAUCGCAUGAAAUGGCUAUUAUGGUAGGUCACAAUAAUUGCUGUGAAAGAAAAAGGAAAUAAGUUUUAAUCAUUCAGUGCCUGAUUUCUUUUUUGCAGAUAUAAAUGAAUGUGAAGCAGGAAAGCACAAUUGUCAUGCAAACGCCAGUUGCAAAAACACUAAAGCAUCCUUUGUGUGCACCUGCAAGCCAGGGUAUUCUGGGGAUGGAAUUAACUGCACAGGUGAAAACAAUACUUCGGUCUUCUUUAUAAUGAAUCUUUUUCUAAUCAGCUCCAUUUAUCUCGCAUUAGAGCCAAGUUCAGCCCCCCCCCGGGGGGGGGGGGGACAUAAGCAUAUGAAAGGGGUGGGGAUGCUUGUCGGAAAUUUUGAAUUAAACCCCUAAAGGAGACCGAUCUGGGCGGGGCCCAAGCUUUUUUGGAUCCCUAAAAGAGACCAUGUUAAAACACAGACAACAUAUAUAUUCUUAUAUUUUUUGGCGUGCAACCCUAAACGAGACCUUCACGGCGUUUUGCCCAGAACACCUUAAGUGAGACCAAACUCCGAAAUUUACACCCAUAACCGAGACGACGAGCAUCCCCACCACUUUCAUAUGCGGAGUCGCCCCCGGGGUUCAGCCACAAGGUAGUAUGUAGCUUAGUCCCUGGUAGUGCAGUUUGUUCUUUUAAGCUGAAUAAGUAUGGAAAUGCUCUUGCAUUAUAAAAGUUUGUCAUUUGCAGUAUCUGUAUGCAAUUUUAGCCUUAAACAUCCUUGAGAUAUUUAAGUUUUUUUUAUGUAUUAUUAUAUUGUGCCCAUGCAAGAUUGUCAUGUCCGAACACGCAUUCACGCUGGGUGAGCUAACUACAUUUAAUUAUAUCAGACCGAUGUACACAUUUCGUCUUUAGAGUAUGAGCGGAAACGUGUCCUUUUUAUCCCUCCUUCUGUUGGCAAUUUUUCUUUACAGGGGAAGUCAUCCUGUAUUCUUUAAUAUCUUGCUUCCCUAGGUCUCCCUAAUCCUCUAUCUAUACACUUGAUGUCAUUACUGAAUUUCUCACCUGCUCAAUAUAUAGCAAGCCAGAAGUCUCCCCCUCCCUCUCUCUUCUGAUCGUACCCAAUCCUAGAAAAUAAAAGAUUAAGUAAAUCAGUUUUGAUGAUUCAGUCCUGCAUCUGAUUUGCAGACGUGAACGAGUGUAUAACAGGAGAACACAACUGUGACGCUAACGCUACUGCCGUCUGCAAUAACACUGAAGGAUCUUUCGAGUGUACUUGCAAGCCAGGGUAUUCGGGGAACGGAGUUAACUGUACAGGUGAUUAUAUUUCAGUAAAGACCUGGAUCGUCUUAAUGUUAAGGCUAUUAAUUCAGUAUUAUAUUGUCUCGAGUUCACGCGUUUGA